AUGUUGACGCCCUCUCCUCAAUUGGUGGAUGAUCUUCCCGGAGAUAGCCAGCAGACGCCGGUUGCAAGCCCCACGCCGCCACAUACUCUGGACCUGGGGCAGCUCUGGGACCUUUUCCUGAACCCACUUCUCAGCCCCUCUUCGGCACCACCUCGGUUGGACGACGCGGAAGUCCCCAUGCCGCUUGCCCACCCCAACGUCGCCUCGCAACCGCCACUACUUCGGCGUUCCAGCUGCCUCGCGCGGAAGGCAGGGUCCUACUCUCUGGCGGCCGGGUUUCAUCUUCUCCUUCAGGAGGACGUAGCUGCAGAUCAGCCUACGGUACCGGGCUAUAUUGGACCUUCCGGAGGCGGCCGGCCCCGCGGAGACCACGCGGCUCGGCCCCCAAGCGCGGGGGCGGACUCCUGCCUCAGCUGCGUCAAGGUGGCGCUCCUGGGUGCGUCCGCCGUCGGGAAGACCUCCAUCGUCAGGCAGUUCGUGUGGAACGAGUUCAGCGACGACUACUCGGCGACGGACCGCCGCUACGCCUACUACCCCACCGUGGUGAUCAACGAGCGCCUGUACGAGCUCAAGGUCUCCGACAUACCAGUCAUCCCCUACUUCCCCAUCAACUCCUUCUACGAGUGGGCCGACUUCCGCUUCUACGGACUCAGGAGCGCCAACGCUUACGUGCUGGUGUUCGACCUGUGCAACACGGAGUCGUUCCAGUACAUCCGCAGCCUGCGCGACCAGAUGUGGGAGAGCCGCGACAUGCGCCACGUGCCCGUCGUCGUCGUCGGCAACAAGCUGGACGCGCUGCAGAUGCACGCCGCCGCCGCCGCCCGGCGCCGCGACAUCGUGACGCUGGUGCGCAAGCACUGGAAGUGCGCCUACGUCGAGUGCAGCGCCAAGUACAACUGGCGCGUCGUCGCCGUCUUCAAGGAGGUGACGCGCGCCGUCGACGCCGCCCUGCACUCCGCCAAGGACGCCACCUCCCCCAUGAUGGACAACUUCCACGGCGCGCUCGACCGCAACAAGUGCAGCAUCCUGUGA